AUGGCCCACACCACCGCCGCGCUUGCCGGGAUGAGGGGCCGCGCCGCAGGAGGAUGGGCCUACACAAAAGCAGGCCAGGCGCUCCCGGGCCUAUCCGCGGGCUGGCGGGUGGCAAGGCCCGCGGCCUGGACUUCUCCUCAGGCCCCUCCGGGGGAACGCGAGCGGCGGCGACGGCGACGGCGCUUCCCGGGCCCGGUUCCUCUCGACGCUUUCCCCAGCCGCGGGACCCAGGAAGAGAGGCUGAAGGCGAGCACACAAACACACCUCCCUUCGUCCCGGGCCGUAAAAUGGCCGCAGCCGCCGCGCCGGGGCGGCGAGGUCUCGGCGACCGUCAGGCGCCCCCAGGCCCUUCGCUCCCUCUGCCGCCGCCGCCGCCGCUACGGCCGUCCGCCCACCCCGCCCAGGCGUGAAUGCAUCAGCGGAGGCCUUUGCGACUGUCCAUGUGGACAGGGGUGGGUCUCCUCUGCCACCGCCUCGCGUCCGUCGCCACAGCAGCUCCAGCCGCCGCCGCUGCCGCUCCUCCCCCACGGGCGCUGGAGCUGCCGCCCGGCUCCCGCCCCCACCGCGACGCCGCCGCCCCCAGCGCCGCUCCCCCUCAGGAGCCCGGGCUCGGCUCGCGGGCAGAACGGUCUGCGGCGCCGCACGGAACACCGACUUGAGGCUCCAGACGCCGUGGCUCUCGGUGGAGCGGGCCCUGCGCGGCGCCGACUCGGCCUGGACGCGUUUCGUCCAAAAAAAGCCUCGACCGCCGAGGGCCCCAUGGCAGAGCUGCAGCCGCAGAAAACUAAUAUACAUGGAAUGGGAAACAAGGUGGAGUUACAUAAAAGACGUCUUUUGAGCAGCCUGAGAAGUGGAAACUGAGACCCAAGAGUUUGAAAACUUUCCCAAGAUGACUCAGCCAGGAAAGUCUAAAGCUGGAACUUGAGCCCACAUCUAUUUAGACUCCAACGUUCAUGCUCCCCUAUUUUCAUUAUCAUAUGGCAGUGAUCUCAAAGUAAUAGGAUCAGCCCUUGAACAUGGACUUGGCUUCUCCCCAGUGGCAGACCCGGGACAUAACUGUGAGCAAAGAGUACUGGAGAGUACAUGCAUUCUCACUACUAAUAUGCAUUUUUAUUCAACAUAGUACUGGAAGCCUUCGCCACAGCAAUCAGACAACAAAAAGAAAUGAAAGGCAUCCAAAUUGGUAAGGACGAAGUUAAACUGUCACUAUUUGUAGAUGACAUGAUACUAUAUAUGGAACACCCUAAGGACUCCACAAA